AUGUCUGAUAAAAUGUCCAGCUUCCUCUACAUAGGGGACAUCGUGUCCCUGUACGCGGAGGGCUCGGUCAACGGCUUCAUCAGCACCCUGGGGUUGGUGGAUGAUAGAUGUGUGGUACACCCGGAGGCGGGGGACCUUGCCAACCCUCCCAAGAAAUUCAGAGACUGCCUUUUCAAGGUGUGCCCUAUGAACCGGUAUUCUGCCCAGAAGCAAUAUUGGAAAGCCAAGCAAGCCAAACAAGGGAACCACACAGAAGCAGCCUUACUGAAGAAAUUACAGCAUGCUGCAGAACUGGAACAAAAACAAAAUGAAUCAGAGAAUAAGAAACUGCUGGGAGAAAUUGUCAAGUAUAGUAAUGUUAUUCAACUACUGCAUAUAAAAAGCAACAAAUACCUGACUGUCAACAAGAGAUUACCUGCUUUACUUGAGAAGAAUGCCAUGAGGGUAUCCUUGGAUGCUGCAGGCAAUGAAGGGUCUUGGUUUUAUAUUCAUCCAUUCUGGAAGCUGAGAAGCGAGGGUGACAAUAUUGUUGUAGGAGACAAAGUCGUUUUGAUGCCAGUGAAUGCAGGGCAACCACUACAUGCCAGCAACAUUGAACUUCUUGAUAACCCAGGAUGCAAAGAGGUGAAUGCUGUUAAUUGCAACACUAGUUGGAAAAUCACUUUAUUCAUGAAAUAUAGUUCCUAUCGAGAAGAUGUAUUAAAAGGAGGUGAUGUUGUAAGAUUGUUUCAUGCAGAGCAAGAGAAGUUUCUGACUUGUGAUGAAUAUGAGAAAAAACAGCACAUUUUCCUUCGUACAACUUUGCGUCAAUCAGCCACUUCUGCUACUAGUUCUAAGGCACUCUGGGAAAUAGAGGUGGUUCAUCAUGACCCAUGCCGUGGGGGUGCAGGGCAGUGGAACAGCUUGUUCAGAUUUAAACAUCUUGCAACUGGGAACUAUCUGGCUGCAGAGCUUAAUCCUGAUUAUCGAGAUGCUCAGAAUGAGGGGAAAAAUGCGAGAGAUGGAGACCUCCCAACGUCAAAGAAAAAACGUCAAGCAGGUGAAAAGAUCAUGUACACUUUGGUCUCAGUCCCACAUGGAAAUGACAUCGCAUCUCUGUUUGAACUGGAUGCCACAACUCUUCAGAGAGCUGACUGCAUGGUUCCAAGAAACUCAUAUGUUCGGUUACGGCAUUUAUGUACCAACACAUGGGUAACCAGUACCAGUAUCCCCAUAGACACGGAUGAAGAGAGGCCUGUUAUGCUGAAGAUUGGAACAUGUCAAACAAAAGAAGAUAAAGAAGCAUUUGCCAUUGUGUCCGUCCCACUGUCUGAGGUCCGAGAUUUAGAUUUUGCCAAUGAUGCAAAUAAAGUACUAGCAACCACAGUUAAAAAGCUGGAAAAUGGCACAAUAACUCAGAAUGAAAGGAGGUUUGUCACCAAAUUGCUGGAAGACCUCAUCUUCUUUGUUGCUGAUGUGCCUAAUAAUGGGCAAGAAGUUCUGGAUGUGUUUAUCACUAAGCCAAACCGAGAACGUCAAAAGUUAAUGAGGGAACAGAAUAUAUUGGCACAGGUAUUUGGGAUUCUUAAAGCACCCUUUAAGGAGAAAGCAGGAGAAGGCGCAAUGCUGCGACUCGAAGAUCUAGGGGACCAAAGAUACGCACCCUACAAGUACAUGCUGCGGCUUUGCUACCGUGUUCUGAGACAUUCUCAGCAAGACUACCGGAAAAACCAGGAAUAUAUUGCUAAGAAUUUCUGUGUCAUGCAGUCCCAGAUUGGCUAUGAUAUUUUGGCAGAAGAUACCAUCACAGCUUUGUUGCACAACAACAGAAAACUCCUUGAGAAACAUAUCACAGCAAAAGAAAUAGAAACAUUUGUCAGUUUACUCAGGAGAAAUCGGGAGCCAAGGUUUUUGGAUUAUUUGUCAGAUCUUUGUGUGUCUAACACUACGGCGAUACCUGUAACACAGGAGCUCAUCUGUAAAUUUAUGUUGAGUCCCGGAAAUGCAGACAUUCUUAUCCAAACUAAGGUGGUCUCAAUGCAAGUAGACAACCCCAUGGAGACCUCCAUCCUUUCAGACGAUGUUGAUGAUGAAGAAGUUUGGCUCUAUUGGAUUGACAGCAACAAGGAACCUCAUGGGAAAGCUAUCAGGCACCUCGCUCAAGAGGCAAAAGAAGGCACCAAAGCUGAUUUAGAAGUUCUUACCUACUACAGGUACCAGCUAAACCUCUUUGCAAGAAUGUGCUUGGAUCGUCAGUAUCUGGCCAUAAACCAGAUUUCUACACAGCUCUCUGUAGAUUUGAUUCUGCGGUGUGUGUCAGAUGAGAGCCUGCCCUUUGACCUCCGAGCAUCUUUUUGUCGCCUCAUGCUCCACAUGCAUGUUGACCGGGAUCCCCAAGAGUCUGUGGUGCCUGUUCGUUAUGCCAGACUCUGGACAGAAAUUCCCACAAAGAUCACGAUUCAUGAAUAUGAUUCUAUAACAGAUUCUUCAAGAAAUGAUAUGAAGAGGAAAUUUGCACUGACAAUGGAAUUUGUUGAAGAAUACUUGAAAGAAGUUGUAAAUCAACCCUUUCCUUUUGGGGAUAAAGAAAAAAACAAACUGACGUUUGAGGUGGUCCACUUGGCUCGGAAUCUUAUCUACUUUGGAUUUUAUAGUUUCAGUGAGUUACUGAGGCUGACAAGAACACUUCUGGCUAUCCUAGAUAUUGUACAGGUCCCCAUGUCAUCCUAUUUUGAAAGACUAAGCAAAUUUCAAGAUGGAGAACUACAGAUAAACUUGCAAGGUGCCAAAGGGAUCAACAAUUUGAAUGAAAAGAUAAUACAGGACCACGAAGAAAGAAAGGAAAAAAAUCCAGUUCAACUUGAUGAUGAAGGUGGCAGGACGUUUUUGCGGGUGCUCAUCCAUCUGAUUAUGCACGACUACCCUCCUUUACUGUCAGGAGCCCUGCAGCUGCUCUUCAAGCACUUCAGCCAGAGGGCAGAAGUUUUACAGGCAUUUAAACAGGUACAGUUACUGGUGUCCAAUCAAGAUGUAGAUAACUACAAACAAAUCAAGGCAGAUCUAGACCAGCUUCGACUGACUGUAGAAAAAUCUGAACUGUGGGUUGAGAAGAGCAGCAGUUAUGAGAAUGAAGAAAUGGGAGAGAAUCAAGUAAAAGGUGGUGAAGAGCCAAUCGAGGAAUCAAACAUCUUAAGUCCAAUGCAAGAUGGAACAAAGAAACCUCAGAUUGACAGCAAUAAGAGUAACAACUACCGGAUUGUUAAGGAGAUUUUGAUUAGGCUAAGUAAACUCUGUGUACAAAACAAAAAGUGUCGAAAUCAACAUCAGCGGUUACUGAAAAACAUGGGUGCACAUUCAGUGGUGCUGGAUCUUCUGCAGAUACCCUAUGAAAAGAAUGAUGAAAAGAUGAAUGAAGUAAUGAAUCUAGCCCACACAUUCCUACAGAAUUUCUGUCGGGGAAAUCCACAGAAUCAAGUUCUUCUUCAUAAACACCUGAAUUUGUUUUUAACUCCUGGCCUUCUUGAAGCAGAAACCAUGAGGCACAUCUUCAUGAACAAUUACCAUCUGUGCAAUGAAAUUAGCGAAAGAGUUGUGCAACACUUUGUGCAUUGCAUUGAGACACAUGGGCGCCACGUGGAGUACCUGAGGUUUUUGCAAACAAUUGUAAAAGCAGAUGGUAAAUAUGUGAAGAAAUGCCAGGAUAUGGUAAUGACAGAGUUGAUAAAUGGAGGGGAAGAUGUUCUGAUAUUUUACAAUGAUCGAGCAUCGUUUCCCAUCCUUCUCCAUAUGAUGUGUUCAGAGAGAGACCGAGGCGACGAGAGUGGACCCUUAGCCUACCACAUCACACUUGUGGAAUUGCUGGCGGCCUGCACAGAGGGGAAAAAUGUUUAUACUGAAAUCAAAUGUAAUUCCCUUCUGCCCCUAGAUGACAUAGUCAGGGUGGUGACCAAUGAUGACUGCAUCCCUGAGGUUAAAAUUGCUUAUGUGAACUUUGUUAAUCACUGCUACGUUGAUACUGAAGUGGAAAUGAAAGAAAUUUACACUAGUAACCACAUCUGGAAAUUAUUCGAGAACUUCUUGGUGGAUAUGGCAAGGGUUUGCAACACAACUACUGAUAGGAAACACGCAGACAUCUUCUUAGAGAAGUGUGUUACUGAGUCCAUAAUGAACAUUGUGAGCGGCUUCUUUAAUUCACCUUUUUCAGACAACAGUACCAGCCUGCAGACACAUCAGCCCAUCUUUAUUCAGCUGUUACAGUCGGCUUUUAGAAUUUACAAUUGCACUUGGCCAAAUCCAGCACAGAAAGCCUCGGUGGAAUCCUGUAUUAGAAGUUUGGCUGAAGUGGCAAAGAAUCGUGGAAUUGCCAUUCCAGUGGAUUUGGACAGCCAAGUCAACACUCUCUUCAUGAAGAGUCAUUCAAACAUGGUACAAAGAGCAGCCAUGGGUUGGAGACUAUCCGCUCGCUCUGGACCACGCUUUAAGGAAGCUCUUGGAGGGCCUGCUUGGGAUUAUAGAAAUAUAAUUGAAAAGUUACAGGAUGUAGUGGCCUCUCUGGAGCAGCAGUUCAGCCCCAUGAUGCAGGCUGAGUUCUCAGUGCUGGUGGAUGUGUUGUACAGUCCAGAACUACUGUUUCCAGAGGGAAGUGAUGCAAGAAUAAGAUGUGGCGCUUUCAUGUCCAAGUUAAUUAAUCAUACAAAGAAACUAAUGGAGAAAGAAGAAAAACUGUGCAUUAAAAUCCUUCAGACAUUACGAGAAAUGUUGGAGAAGAAAGACAGCUUUGUGGAAGAGGGUAGCACGUUAAGAAAAAUACUGCUGAAUCGCUAUUUUAAAGGUGAUUAUGGCGUUGGUAUGAAUGGACACCUUACAGGAGCAUACUCCAAAAGUGCACAAGUGGGCGGAAGCUUUUCUGGACAAGAUGCAGAUAAGAUGGGGAUAUCUGUGUCAGAUAUUCAAUGUCUUCUGGAUAAAGAAGGUGCAUCGGAACUCGUCAUUGAUGUUAUAGUGAACACUAAAAAUGACAGAAUCUUUACAGAAGGCAUUUUACUUGGCAUCGCAUUGCUUGAAGGAGGGAAUACACAAACACAGUAUUCUUUCUACCAGCAGUUGCAUGAACAGAAAAAGUCAGAAAAGUUCUUCAAAGUUCUGUAUGACCGAAUGAAGGCUGCUCAAAAGGAGAUCAGAUCAACAGUGACAGUUAACACCAUAGACUUAGGGAGCAAAAAAAAAGAUGAUGACAAUGAAUUGAUGACUUCUGGCCCAAGAGUGAGAGUAAGAGAUUCAUCAUUACAUUUAAAAGAGGGAAUGAAAGGACAGUUAACAGAUGCAUCUUCAGCAACAUCCAAAGCAUACUGUGUAUACCGAAGAGAGAUGGAUCCAGAAAUAGACAUUAUGUGCACAGGACCAGACGCAGGAAAUGCUGAGGAAAAGUCUGCAGAGGAAGUCACGAUGAGCCCUGCAAUUGCCAUUAUGCAACCAAUUCUGAGAUUUCUUCAGUUACUAUGCGAGAACCACAACCGGGAACUGCAGAACUUCUUGAGGAAUCAAAACAACAAAACAAAUUACAACCUGGUCUGUGAGACCCUUCAGUUCUUAGAUUGCAUUUGUGGAAGUACAACAGGUGGCCUAGGCCUGUUGGGCCUUUACAUCAAUGAGAAGAAUGUAGCGCUGGUCAACCAGACCCUGGAGAGUUUAACUGAGUAUUGUCAAGGCCCGUGCCAUGAGAAUCAGACAUGUAUUGCUACUCAUGAAUCUAAUGGGAUUGACAUCAUCAUUGCAUUAAUUCUAAAUGACAUAAACCCUCUUGGAAAAUACCGGAUGGACCUCGUUCUCAAGCUAAAGAACAACGCUUCAAAGCUUUUGCUGGCCAUAAUGGAGAGCAGACAUGACAGCGAGAAUGCAGAAAGAAUUCUUUUUAACAUGAGGCCAAGAGAACUGGUGGAUGUGAUGAAGAAUGCCUAUAAUCAGGGAUUAGAAUGUGAUCAUGGUGAUGAUGACAGUGGAGAUGAUGGUGUUUCCCCAAAAGAUGUUGGACAUAAUAUCUACAUUCUGGCGCACCAGUUGGCCCGUCACAAUAAACUACUACAGCAGAUGCUCAAGCCAGGAUCGGACCCAGAUGAAGGAGAUGAAGCCCUAAAGUAUUAUGCCAACCACACUGCACAGAUUGAGAUUGUUCGUCAUGAUAGAACCAUGGAACAAAUAGUUUUUCCUGUCCCCAAUAUAUGUGAAUACCUCACUCGAGAGUCCAAGUGCCGUGUGUUCAAUACAACGGAAAGGGAUGAACAAGGAAGUAAGGUGAAUGACUUUUUCCAGCAAACAGAAGAUCUCUACAAUGAAAUGAAGUGGCAGAAGAAAAUCAGGAAUAAUCCUGCACUGUUCUGGUUCUCAAGACACAUCUCUCUCUGGGGCAGCAUUUCCUUCAACCUGGCUGUGUUCAUCAAUUUAGCAGUUGCCCUCUUCUACCCAUUUGGGGAUGAUGGAGAUGAAGGUACACUUUCCCCAUUGUUCUCAGUUCUACUUUGGAUAGCAGUUGCAAUCUGCACAUCUAUGCUGUUUUUCUUCUCCAAACCCGUGGGGAUUCGGCCAUUUCUUGUGUCAAUAAUGCUUAGAUCAAUAUAUACAAUAGGCCUUGGGCCUACAUUAAUACUUCUUGGUGCAGCUAAUCUUUGCAAUAAAAUAGUAUUUCUGGUGAGUUUUGUUGGAAACCGUGGCACAUUCACACGAGGGUACCGAGCAGUCAUCCUGGAUAUGGCCUUUCUCUACCAUGUGGUUUAUGUCCUGGUUUGCAUGCUGGGCCUCUUUGUCCAUGAAUUCUUCUAUAGCUUCCUGCUGUUUGAUUUGGUGUACAGAGAAGAGACGCUGCUGAAUGUCAUAAAAAGUGUCACACGGAAUGGCCGUUCCAUUAUUCUAACUGCAGUCCUGGCUCUCAUCCUUGUCUACCUGUUUUCCAUUAUCGGGUUUCUUUUUUUGAAAGAUGACUUCACUAUGGAAGUGGAUAGGCUGAAAACCAGAACUCCUGUUACAGGUAGUCAUGAAGUUCCUACUAUGACGUUAACUUCAAUGAUGGGAACAUGUGAAAAGGAGAAUUGCACGCCCACGAUACCAAAUUCAAAUACAGGUGAUGAAGAAUAUGAAGACGGAAUUGAAAGGACAUGUGACACUCUCCUUAUGUGCAUUGUCACUGUCUUGAACCAGGGUCUCAGGAAUGGCGGAGGUGUGGGAGAUGUGCUGAGAAGACCAUCAAAAGAUGAGCCCUUGUUUGCUGCUCGGGUGGUUUAUGACCUUCUGUUUUUCUUCAUUGUCAUCAUUAUUGUUCUUAACUUGAUUUUUGGUGUUAUCAUCGAUACCUUUGCUGAUCUCAGAAGUGAAAAACAAAAAAAAGAAGAAAUUCUAAAGACAACCUGCUUUAUUUGUGGACUCGAGAGGGACAAGUUUGAUAAUAAAACGGUUUCAUUUGAGGAGCACAUUAAGUCAGAACACAAUAUGUGGCAUUAUUUGUACUUCAUCGUUCUUGUGAAAGUGAAAGACCCAACUGAAUACACCGGCCCUGAAAGUUACGUGGCUCAAAUGAUUGUAGAGAAGAAUUUGGACUGGUUUCCUCGGAUGCGAGCCAUGUCCCUCGUUAGCAAUGAAAGUGACAGUGAGCAAAAUGAAAUUCGGAACCUGCAGGAGAAGUUGGAAUCGACCAUGAGUCUGGUGAAACAACUGUCAGGUCAGCUGGCAGAGCUGAAGGAACAGAUGACAGAACAAAGGAAGAAUAAGCAGAGACUGGGCUUUUUGGGAUCAAACCCACCCCAUGUGAAUCAUCACAUGCCACCACACUGA